AUGUCGGCAGCACCGAUCCAAGGUUCCGACAACCACGGCAGCAGCAAGUCACUCUCGCUCGCCGAGAACGGCUCUGAAACGUCCAAUCUCAAAGAGGGCUCGCGAGCUUCUCCAUCACCCACCAAGAGGCGCUUGAUUCUGUUAGCUUCGCUAGCCGCUGUUCUCUCCGUUCUAGCUCUUGCACUUGGCCUUGGCCUCGGUCUCGGUCUCAAACACAAAGAUGCAUCCCAACACGAUGCAGCCGCCUCCGACGCAAAGAUGGUCCCUGGCGCAACCGCCUCGAACCUCACCUUCAUUCCGAGAGAGGAUCUCCCAGAUCCAUCGCAGCUCACGUUAGACCCCUCAUGGGACCGAUUGGCUCCACCACAAGAUCGGAUCUUCAACUGGACCCUCACCCAGGUCGUCUCGAACCCGGCUGGCACCACCAAACAGAUGCGUCUCGUCAAUGGUCGCUACCCAGGCCCACUCGUCCAGGCCAAUGUCGGUGACCGCAUCAUCGUUCACGUGCAAAACAACAUGCCAGUUCCCACCUCACUCCAUUGGCACGGUCAGUUCCAGCGCGGCUCCAAUCAGAUGGACGGAUCGGCAGGAAUCACAGAGUGCGGCAUUGCUCCCGGCUCCACCUUCACCUACAACUGGACCGUCCAGCAGUCCGGAUCCUACUGGUGGCAUUCCCACUACGGUCCCACAUAUGCAGACGGCCUCUUCGGUCCGCUCAUUCUUCACGGCGAUGACGAAAAAUUCAGGAUGACCAACCCGAGCAACACCACCAGCAUUGCAACCAAUGCGACCACCACCAACGGUUCCUCGGUCAGGACCGAUUACGACCGCGAUCUCAUCUUUGUCGUCAACGACGCAUACCAGGCUGACGCUUUCAACGUCGCCGCCAUUGCAAAGUCCAAGGCAGGUCCUCCAGGCGGUGAUCAGGGCAGCGAGCCCACACCUGACUAUGCCAUGAUCAAUGGCCUCGGCUUUUCCAACUGCCCCCUGGCACCCAAUGGCACAACCUGCAUCUCUGACCAGCCACACGGCAAGUCGGCCUACAACUUCACCGUGCCUGCCAACAAGCGGGUGCGCAUGCGCGUCAUCAAUGCAGGCUCCAUGGCCACCUUCCGCUUCUCCGUCGAUGGCCACAACAUGACCGUCAUCGAAGCUGAUGGCACCGAGGUAGAGCCUGUCGUCGUCCAGAGCCUCAACCUCAUGGUCGCACAGCGAUACUCGGUCAUCAUCGACACCGAUCGUCCCGUCGGUGCUUACGCCGUGCGCGCAGAGGUGCUCGAUGACAUGUUUGCCUACGACAAUUCUUUCCUCGUCAUGGACCAGUACGCCAUCAUGCGCUAUGAAGGCGUCCCGGCCUCGGCACAGCCGCUCAGCAAUCCCACCAACGCCACGCUCGUCAAUGUGACCGAGUCGCUCAGCACCUCUCAGCUGGUGCCCAUCACCCGAAUCGAUGCCCCGGCUUCCAACAUGACUACCAAGCUCAUCGUCAACUUUGGCCUCGACGCAUACAGCAACUGGCACGCCUUUUUCAACCAAACCACCUUCACCUCCGAGAUGGCCCCACAGGCCUCUCUCUUGAAGGCCUACACCUUCGAGACCACCCAGCGCGCUUCAUCCAAAUCGAGCGUCGGCGCUUACUACAACGACCCGGACGAGCUGAUCGUCACCAACUCGCAGGCCGUCGUCAUGGAUGUGAUCGUCAACAACCUCGACGAGGGCGAACAUCCCUUCCACCUCCACGGCUUCACCCCUUUUCUCGUCGGAUCAGGCGCUGGUAAUUUCCAGGCCCAGAGCAACCCCAACUUUGCCGCUGCCAAGACCAACCCGAUGCGUCGCGACGUCUUCUCGGUGCCGGCCUUCAGCUGGAUCGCCUUCCGCUUUGUUGCCGACAAUCCCGGUGUCUGGCCUUUCCACUGCCACCUCAUGCCGCACAUGGCCGUCGGCCUGCUCAUGCAGUUCCAGGUGCUCCCCGACCAGAUCGCAACGCUGCCCAUCUCGGACCAGUUCUACUCGCAGUGCUCCGCAGUCAACUCCUGGGUUCAGCAAAACCAAAAUCUCCUCACUUCCACUGGCAACCCCGAUUCCAUGUAG